AGUGUGACGUCAUGACGUGCUUGAGCCUGCCCGAAAAUGUUCUCCCGUGUUGUCGGGUCUCGAAGCGCAGGACUUUGCCAUGAAAUAAUACACUCGCAUCCAUGAAGAACCGGAAAAGCAACCGCGUGUUUGUAAUCUGAAGACAUUCACCAUCCGUCCGAGUCGUGAAACGGUCUCUUUUAGGAGACCCGAAGGAGAAGUUUGUGGGAUCGUUUUUUCCUCGGAGUGAUGUCGAAUCCUGGGACUCGGAGGAACGGUUCCAGCAUCAAAAUCCGACUGACAGUAUUAUGUGCCAAGAACCUCGCAAAGAAAGACUUCUUUCGUCUACCCGAUCCUUUUGCCAAGGUCGUGGUGGACGGAUCGGGUCAAUGCCACUCGACAGACACAGUUAAGAGCACACUGGACCCCAAAUGGAAUCAGCACUAUGACCUCUACAUUGGAAAGGCAGACUCAAUCACCAUCAGUAUAUGGAACCAUAAGAAGAUCCAUAAACGGCAGGGGGCGGGCUUCUUGGGGUGCAUUAGACUUCUUUCAAAUGCCAUCAGCAGACUAAAAGACACAGGAUACCAGCGGCUAGAUCUUUGUAAACUGAACCCCUCAGACAGUGACGCAGUGCGGGGACAGAUCGUAGUAAGCCUGCAGACACGAGACCGCAUAGGUAGCGGAGGCCCUGUGGUGGACUGUCGAGGUCUAUUGGAAAAUGAUGGGCCCGUGUUAGAGGGAUGCUUCAGUGAAGAACCCCUGCCUUAUUCCGACCCCACCGGUGCCGCGGGUGGCGGCAACUGCCGUCUCGACUCGCCUAGUCAAGAAAACAGUCUUCAGUCCCAGCGAAUCCGGGGGCAGGAUUCUCGAGGCCAUGGCCACACCCCUCAGAACAGACCUCACGGUCACCAGCCGCCCGACCUGCCUGAGGGAUACGAGCAGCGAACGACAGUGCAGGGCCAGGUGUACUUCCUUCACACGCAGACAGGUGUCAGCACCUGGCAUGACCCUCGGAUCCCCAGGGACCUGGCCAGCGUAAGCUGCGAGGAGCUCGGUCCGUUACCCGUGGGCUGGGAAGUCCGAAGCACGGUGUCGGGACGCAUUUACUUUGUCGACCACAACAACAGAACCACGCAGUUCACCGACCCGCGUCUGCACACCAUCAUCAGCCAGCAGUCCCAAGUGAAGGAAUCCUCACAGGCCCCCCAGAUGGACGUGGGGGUUGACGAGGGCGGAGGAAUGGGCGGCGUGGUCGGGGGCGACGGGGACGUAGCGGCGCGCUACGAGCGAGACCUGGUCCACAAAUUGAAGCUGCUGCGCCACGAGCUCUCCCUGCAGCAGCCCCAAGCAGGACACUGUCGCAUCGAGGUCUCCCGUGAAGAGAUAUUUGAGGAGUCGUAUCGGCAGAUCAUGAAGAUGAGGCCCAAAGACCUCAAGAAGCGUCUGAUGGUUAAAUUCAGAGGGGAGGAGGGCCUCGACUACGGUGGCGUGGCGAGGGAGUGGCUGUACCUGCUGUGCCACGAAAUGCUCAACCCUUAUUACGGCCUAUUCCAGUACUCCACCGACAAUAUCUACACGUUACAGAUCAACCCUGACUCCUCCAUUAACCCCGACCACCUGUCAUAUUUCCACUUUGUGGGCCGUGUAAUGGGGCUGGCCGUUUUUCACGGCCACUACAUCAACGGGAGCUUCACGUUGCCCUUCUACAAACAGCUGUUAGGCAAACCCAUUCAGCUCAAUGACCUGGAGACAACCGACCCAGAGUUGCACAAGAGUCUCGUCUGGAUAUUAGAGAACGACAUCACUUCGGUGUUGGAUCACACCUUCUGCGUGGAGCAUAACGCCUUUGGGAAGUUCCUACAACAUGAACUCAAACCUAACGGCCGUAACAUUCCUGUUACGGAGGAAAACAAGAAGGAAUAUGUGAGGCUUUACGUGAACUGGAGGUUUAUGCGAGGAAUAGAAGCCCAGUUUCUGGCUCUCCAGAAGGGAUUUAGCGAGCUCAUCCCCCAACAUCUCCUAAAAGCUUUCGACCAUAAAGAACUUGAGCUGAUCAUCGGCGGUUUGGGUAAAAUCGACCUGGCCGACUGGAAGAGCAACACGCGCUUGAAGCACUGUACGAGCGAGAGCAACGUGGUGCGGUGGUUCUGGCAGGCGGUGGAGGCCUUCAGCGAGGAGAGGAGAGGACGCCUGCUGCAGUUUGUCACAGGCUCCACCCGGGUCCCGUUGCAGGGCUUCAAAGCACUGCAGGGCUCUACAGGUUCUGCAGGACCAAGACUCUUCACCAUCCAUUUGAUAGACGCCAACACUGACAACCUGCCCAAAGCGCACACGUGUUUCAACAGGAUAGACAUCCCGCCCUACGAGUCUUAUGAAAAACUUUAUGAGAAACUGCUGACUGCUGUGGAGGAGACCUGCGGCUUUGCUGUGGAGUGAAGAAAGGCCCUCCAACCAAACCAACGUACACAGUCACACGUGUGCUUGCACUUGCAUUCAACUCUCUGACUUUUUUAUUUUAUUUUUAAUGUUCACGACAUGCACAGAACAUGCACACAGAGUACAGCCGGCGGCCAAGCACGGCAAGUUAAAGGCGCAAGCACAGCAAGGAAGUCAAAUGGGGGGGGGGGAAAAAAGAACAACAAAGUAUUUUAAAAUCUUUUCAAAUGUUUUGAAGAAGCAUUUUUACCUUUUUGGUUUUAACAAGCUAUGAUGUCAACUCCUGGGAAUGUCUACAGGCACAGCGAACUCGUCACCAAUCUUGAGCCGGUAAACAGACGCGGUGCAAUGAUGUCUGGACGGAGAACAAAGCUGAGGCUGACUGUGACGUGUGUGUGUGUGUGGGGGGGGGGGUGGGGGCGGGUGUGACACAUCCCGAUUGACUGACUCGUCAUGCGUUCACUUUUGACCACUGUUGCGUUUCCAAACGUGUCUCCGUACGCGUGCAUGUGAGACAGUGUGGGUGUGGCAUGGCACCCGGCUUACGCUGCAAAACGAUCAAAUGAGCCCGCUCCUCCGUUUGAUUACGUCUGUCCCAUUUGUACGUACCUGCGACCACUCUGAUCCACGCUAAUGUUUUAUUAUUUAUUACUAAGUGAUUACUGACCAAGCUGCUAUAUGCUCUGCAAAGAGCUCACACUCAUCCUUUCAACCCCUGUCGCCGAGUCGAUGGCUCAAUUCACUUCCGAUUCAAGUAAUCCACCAAGUGGUUUUUGAUUAAUUUCUAUACUUUUUUUUUUAACAUGCAUAAUGAUGCAAAUAUCCUUAUGUGUAUAUAAACUAUGAAUGCGAUGGUAUGUUUAUUGAGGGGAAAGGGAUCAAUCUUACAAGCCCUGAUUUUAAAAUUUCCCUCUACUGAGAGGUCAGGCGUGUGACAGAUUUCUAAAUGAGCCGAGGAAAUACAAAGAAGGUGUCAGCUUCAGGAAAGUUUUUCGUGACCUCUUUAAUAAAAGCUCAAGCCUUUCACUUUUAAUAUCAACGUAUCCCUGUUUUUUUGCCCAUCUGUUUUUUUGUCGAGUACUCAUUAACCUCAAGGCAGCCAUGAAUGAACAAGCGCUCUUUAUCGUUACGUCCUCCACGGAUGUGAAUGAAUGAAUUCAAAAAAAAAAAAAGAAAAACUAACUCAAGU